AUGGCAACCACUACACAACCUGAUAUGAGCGAGGCGGAGAAGUACUUCUGGGAGUCGCUCCCUCCGGAGUUGCGACGCAUGGUUUGCGACUACUUGCCCCAAUACGCCAUCUCCCGUCGGCUUCGCGUGGCCCUCCGCAAUAGAUGGGAUGACGAGGUUGCCCUUUUUGAGGGAUAUCUCUAUAAAAAGCCAUACUUACGCAUCGAUUCUGCCACAGCGUAUCGUUUCGAAGGCUUGUCAGCUGGAAGCCUCGCGAAGUUCCAGGAUCUACUUGUGCACGUUACGCCUGAAGCAGGCCGAAGGUCGUUGAGAAUAAUGAAGAACCUCAACACUCUACUGGAUACUCCUGGGACGAAACCGGAGCUUCGCACACUCGCUUUCACCAAUGAGAGCCGUGUCACUGCGCAGACUGAAGCCCUCUGUCUAAGGCUUCUGCAGCGGUAUCUUCCUAAUCUCGAUACCAUAUGUAUACCAACAUGGUACGAUGGUGAGAAGUCGCGUGGGAAUCUCUUUUGGGGAUCAUUGCCCCAUCUUCUCCAGAAAUGGGAUUUCUUUCAUCCCAAAAACGAUGAGGAGUUGGAGGACAUUGAACUCCACAAUGAGGCAGCCGCAGGCGACUCCAAGGACUCGAGUGAGUUUAAUCCAUUGGUCCGAAUACCAAAGCUUAUCGAGACAACCGGAAGUCCGAUAAUGCUGUUCAGGAUGCGAAAAGAAAAUGGCAAAGAGGUGGAAAUCCUGGUCAACCGCGACGCCCCUGCUCAUUAUUGCAGGAGGUUGUUGAAAGAAUGCAAAGGCAACAAGAUUCUUUCGAUUGUCAUCGAUAAUGGCCGCGAUGGAGACCCAGUGCCGUUGAUCCACAUCAUCAGGGGUAUUGGCUGGCGAACCAGACUGAAAUGUCUCGAGGAGCUCAGCGGCACACAUGUCGAUCUUGCGCAAAUCGACGUCAAGAAACACUUCCUCGCCAAAGCUAUGACGUCACUCCAGAUCCGCGACUGCGCAGGGGUCAGCAGCUUCUUGAAUCAAUGCCAUAGCGCAUUAGUCGACCUUACAUCUCUCAUCUUUAAAGAGUCGGGACGCGAGAUCGAGCAGGAGGAAGAGACGGCACUGUGUACCAUCAUAGAGUCUUGCAACAAUUUGCAGACCCUGUGCCUGAUCUACGACAAGGCCAGACCGAUCAUCGAGGGCACCACCACACCAAGCUUCUGGGAAAGCAGCAUUAGCAAGAUCGACCAACCCGAGUACUGCCACUUUCCCCUGGCCUCCAUCCUCCCCAGUAUUGGUCAUUCAUUGACAUCUCUACAUCUCGGAGCAGACCCAAGCCUUCGACUUCACACAAAGGAUCUCGCUUUCAUCGCUACCCAAUGUACCAACCUCGCCAGCCUUGGUAUCCCAUUCCCCGCCUUGACCGAGGACAUUACUCCUGACCAGUUCCGUCAAGAGAUAUCGGAUCUUGGUGUUCUACGAGACCUACUACUCCUCCAGUAUCUCCACCUAUCAUGUCCGCUGGCCGAGCCCGAUGAAGACGACGAGCUCCCACCAGUCGAAGACAUAGCACGCUGCGCUCUGGAGAUGUUACUGAACGAGUGGAUAUUGACUCACGUCAAAUACUUCACCGUGGCCUUUCGCACAGCGACGUUUACCUGCGACACCUGCCAUUUCAGGGUACUCUCAUACACCAACACGCUCGAACGCAUCUCUGAGAAAAAGUUAGGAAGGAACAUGGAAGCAUUUGGUCACUUUGUACGAGGCGACUGGGACGAGAUGGCAUUUUGA